UUAUCUUCUCCGUAUUUAGAUGUGAAUAAAAAAGAAUCGAAUUUUAAUAAAAAGUGUGCAAUAAGUAUAUGAAUUACAUGUGGAUCGAUCAGAAUUAUAAUAAUAAUAAUUAAUCUUUCAUUGAUAUAUAUAACCAGUAUAAUGCGCCAACAAUAUUGUCAAAUACAACAACGAAUAAUAAACCUGACAAGGUUAUAGCCGGGUUAACACAUUAUUUAUCCAUCCUCAGUGUUUAAGGUUGUAGUGUACUGCUAGUGAUUCAUCAUAUGUGUCCAUUUUAUUUAUUUAAUUACAAUUAUUCAAAUUAUUAAACGAUGGAGACCAAUCCAGAGGAUAAUAAUACGGUUGUGGAAAAUUCAGAAGUUGACUUACAAACAAAACUGGAGAGGUUGCAAUCAGAAAAUUCUCACCUGCGAGAAGAAUUCAAUGUCCAGCGAGCUAAAAUGAAAGAAUUAUUUCUGCAAAAAGAAGAGGAACUGAAGAAACGAUCCAAGGAGAAUUUAGAACUGCAGGAUGAAUUAGUUAAAUUAAAGCACGAGUUGGAUGAAUCCAAGAGCCAGCUGGUCGUGGCGAAUAUCAGAUUAGAGAAUGACAUUGACGUAGAGUCCCAUAAAGCUCAAGAAGAGAUAGCGUCACUCCAGCAGGUUAUUCAGGACACGAUGGAAGAGUCAGCGUGCACGCGAGAACAAUUAGAAAUGGAAGUUGCCAAGCUUCGUGCUCACAUUUCGAAAAUAGAGGAAGAAAAUUCGUUCCUUAAAUUACAGAUGUCUAAAGAUUUGCCAGUAGACGGUCCUCAGAUAUCACUAUCGCAUGUCACGAAAACUCUCGCGAGAAAAGUUGUCUCCCAACUGGGAGCUGACUCGCUGUCUCUGGGUUCAGAUAAUAUUGAAGAAAAUAUGAAGAAGGUCAAAAAAUAUGCGCAAGAAGAUGCUGAGGUACUGAGGUCACUGGUUGUACCGCUGGAAGAAGAAAUAAAAGCGUUGAAAGAAAAACUUAGAUCAACGGAUGAUGAAUUGCAGAAAUUUAAAGAGUUACCUCAGCCGCUGUUGCAACCAAAGAAACUAGACGGAGACCAGGGUGAAGCUACGUGUGAUAUGUGUGUAAAUUAUGAAGCUCAAUUGGUUAAAAUUCAGACGACAGCUAAGGAAUUGGAAAAACAAUUGGCUGAAACUGAUAGAAUGCUGCAGGCACAGCGAGAAGAACUGAUAAAAGAGGUGGAGUUUCGCAAAGGAAUGGAGGAAAAGUGGAAUGAGAAAAAAGAAGAGCACAAAAUCAAAGUCACCGAGCUGACUUCAGCUUCGCUGCAGGCUCAGCAAACUCUACAGGAGUUAAAGAUGCAGUUUAGGCAAAUGCAUCAGGGUGUCGGUGAAGAACUAGCUAAAUUGACUCGUGGGAGAGAAGAAGUUCAGAGGCAUUUAAUAGAAUUACAGAGAGAAAAUGAAGUACUUGUAGGUAAACAUAGUAAACAUUCCCAACAGCUGCAAAGUGAGAACAUAAAUAUGCCAAAUACUGUUGAAGAACUACAUAUGAGUUUACUGAGAGCUCACGAAGAUUUGAUUAUUGCAAGAGUAGCUCAAGAAGUUGCGCAGGAAAAAGAAGCUACUAUGCAGUACGAGUUGAAUUUGCUACGGGAACAAAUGAUUGCUGAAAAAGACGAAAAAAUAGAGAGAUUAGAAAAUUCAUUGAGGGAAGCUUUAGUCGCGAGGAAAGAAGCUGAUACGACAAUCGUUGAAUUAAGACAACGGGUAACCAGCCUUCAGCAAGUAUUAGAGACAAGUGGGGAGGUACAGAAAGAUUUUGUUCGACUGUCCCAGUCGCUUCAGGUUCAAUUAGAAAAGAUACGGGAAUCUGGUAGUGAAGUGAGGUGGCAACACGAAGAAGAUGUUGAUGAAUGCCCGACGUGUCAUACCGUUUUUUCGCUUGGAAAGAAAAAAGUGCACUGUCGACACUGCGGUCAUAUAUUUUGUCAAGCUUGUUUAUCUCAUGUUGUAAACAGCGGCCCGAAGCAAAGACCUUCCCGAGUUUGCGGUGUUUGCCACACGUUACUUGUUCCACAUACCGCGCCAUACUUUAGUCAACAACCUCCACAUACACCAGAUUAAUUAAAUUUUAUUUAUUUAGGAUUCCCCGAUGAAAUUAAUUAAUUAAUAAUUAUAAUGAAUAAUUAAAACAGCAAAGUAAAGCGUGCAAUAAAAUAUUUAGUGCGACAAUUUCGUCACACUAAAUUACUAAAACAAUUUCUUUAAUGAAUUUAAUGAUCAUGUUUUAAAAAUAUUUAUCUCUUGAAUAAAAAUUAAAGUUUUCAAACAGAUGAAUUAUAUUUUACAAUUUAAAAUGUUCUGGAGUUCAAAUUUAUCUUGAAUUAAAAUUAUAAAAAAAUAAAAUAAAUAUAAAAAAAAAUAUAAUUUAUUGUUGUACAUAAAUAAUAUGUAACGUUUGAUGUAAAUUUAUGAAAAUAUUAAUGCUUUUGAAUGUAAUUUCACUUUAUUUAUUAUUAUUAUUAUUAUAUCAGCCUCGUGAAUUUUUUUUUUCGUUAAAUUUACUUUUAUUACCCUCGUUAAAAUGGUUUUAUGAUAAUAUUACUAUAAAUAUGUAUUUAUGAAAACGUAAAUAAUCAACACAUUUAUUUAAAA